AUGGGGGGUCAUACGAGUGGAUGGACACCCAUAAACAUGUUGUUGGAGGCGACUGCGGCAGAUAGAGCCAAUGUUCUCUCUCCAACGUCGACUUCUGAUCGACAGCAUGGUCUGGCUUCAAGCCAUGACCACGUUUCUUCUUUUCAUUCUUGUCCCCGGCCUUGUCCUCGUCCAAGGCCUCCCCCUAUUCGCCCUUCUCCCCCUCCUCCUCCACCUUCACCAUCGCCAUCACCACCACCAUCACCGCUGCCAUCACCUUCUCGGGUCCUGGUCUCUUCCUCCCUUUCGAGUUCCCGAAACUCGUCCUGCGCUGCUGGGUCUAAUCCCCCCAGCCCCAGCGCCAAGAAGAGGGCGGCACGUUACUGUUACGCGUGCGAAAAAGCCUUCAAUUACAAGAACUUUGCGGACCAUCAAAAGGUCCACAUGAUUGAAGGUGACUCGGGUGCUCGGGUCAAGCCCUGCAAGCAAUGUGCGGCUAAAUUCCCUGAUGGGUGCCGCGUUGCCAAGAAGCCCGACGAGGCGGGCACUUAUGCUUGCUCUCUUUGUCUCAAGAGCCACAAGAGCUACUUUCAAGAGUAUUCCUUAUUUCAAUAA